GCCGCUCAGCCACACUGGUCCUGGCCUACCUCAUGCUGCACCAGCAGCUGUCUCUGCGCCAGGCGGUGAUCACCGUGAGGCAGCACCGAUGGGUCUUCCCCAACCGAGGCUUCCUCCACCAGCUCUGCCAGCUGGAUCAGCAACUGCGAGGUGCAGGCCGGAACUGAGGGGCCAGAGCUGGUCCCUCCUGGCUACGGGGCUGUGCUACUUUGCCACCCGGGCACUGGCCCUGCUGGUGCUGCUGGAGGCUCUGGCCCAGGUAGAUGCCCAGAAGAUGAGAAGAGCCCAGCGUGGGGUCCACCCCGAAGCCCGCUACUUCAUCUGCUUUCUCCUGUCGCCUGCCCCUCCUUUCGGCCACUGCCUUCAGUCUCCACAGAAACAGCAUCAAGUGUGCGGAGACAGGAGGCUGGAAGCCGGCAACACAGACUGCCCGUCAGAGAAGAGCACAGCCUGGGCCGGCUACCACCACAGGAUGGACUCGCUGCAGAAGCAAGAUCUCCGGAGGCCCAAGAUCCAUGGGGCAGUCCGGGUGUCCACCUACCAGCCGCCCACACUGGCCUCGCUGCAGCGCUUGCUGUGGGUCCGUCGGGCCGCCACACUGAAUCACAUCAACGAGGUCUGGCCCAACCUCUUCCUAGGAGAUGCGUAUGCAGCCCGGGACAAGGGCAAGCUGAUCCAGCUGGGCAUCACCCACAUUGUGAACGCCGCUGCAGGCAAAUUUCAGGUGGACACAGGUGCCAAGUUCUACCGCGGAAUGACCUUGGAUUACUAUGGCAUCGAGGCGGACGACAAUCCCUUCUUUGACCUCAGUGUCUACUUUCUGCCUGUGGCUCGAUAUAUCCGAGCUGCCCUCAGUGUUCCCCAAGGCCGCGUGCUGGUCCACUGUGCCAUGGGGGUAAGCCGCUCUGCCACGCUUGUCCUGGCCUUCCUUAUGAUCUGCGAGAACAUGACCCUGGUGGAGGCCAUCCAGACGGUGCAGGCCCACCGAAAUAUCUGCCCCAACUCAGGCUUCCUCCGGCAGCUCCAGGUUCUGGACAACCGACUGGGGCGGGAGACAGGGCGGCUCUGACCUGGCAGGCAGCCAGGAGCCUUGACCUCCAUCCAGAUGUCCCAACCCACCAACCUGGCCCGGGGACGGCAGCCUCUGCUGUUUCCAGUGACUCUGAGAUAUGAACCGCAAGUGGGGGCUGAGCGGAUGCAGAGGCAGGGAUGGCUGGGUGGCGACCUUUAGCAAGUGGAGUUCCCCGACCCAAUCCAGAGAUUCUUUAUGCAAAAGAGAGUUCGGUCUGUCUCUAUAAUAAAAGGUUCAUCAUAAUAAA